AUGUGUGCCCAAAAAGCGUUUUCUGAAUGGCCUGGAUUUUCCACAUGGACUAGGUUCAAAGCUUCCGAUCUUCUUGACGACAUCAUUUUUGAGCCGCUUUGUAGCUGGAGUGGCCAUAUCAACACCCCAGCCUACGGGCGCAUUACAGACUCAGACUCUCCCCAAGACUACGUCCUCGCUGUUGGCUGGAACUCGCCCACGGCCUACGAGAAAUUUAAAUCAUCCCCUCACUAUCAACAGUUGACGGAUAACCUGGGAGUCGAUAUCACACAUACCCAGGAUAUUAUCUUCACCAAUAAAAUGUUUGGACACGGAUUUACCCCCAACACCGAGAUUUUUACUGCCUACUGGCCUGCCUCGCUCUCCCUCGAGACUCAGCAAGGGGUGAAGAAAUCAAAGAUGCUCGUCCAUACCGGGAUACCCAACCCGCGCUGUUAUUCAAAGGCCCCGGUCUUUGGAUGGAUCGAUGAGCUGCAGACCUGGAAUGAAGAAAAGGUACUGGCAAGCGUGUGGUGUCAUCACUGGAAGAGCAAGGAAAUGGAGCAUCACUUUAAACGAACUGAGAAGAGAGUCGUUUAUGCGGGCAGGGAUAUCGUCUAUCCGCUCGCUGUAAAUGAUUUCGAGCAACACCUGAAAGACCUCGGCAGCCUCGGUUGGGAAUCGGUUCAUGUGGAUUUCAUACCCCUCAGCAUGAUAUACGACGACGAGAUGACGCGAAGUCACCGACGUGAAAAGAAGAGGCUUGACGAUGUAACUAGCGGGAUGGGUACUCUUUGA